UGGCUGCUCAAAGAUGGAAUCUCCUGGCGACUUCCGGUUCUCAGUUUCCGAUGGAGGCGCGGCCCGCGCGGCUGUUCCCGAUGUUGGAGUCGGAACGGGAAACGGAGGAAAACAAGAACACAAAGCGGAAGACCGAGACUGAUAUGCGCAUCUUCACGGCCUUCUUGGUGUCCUUAAACGAGACGAGACCGCCGCACACGAUUCCGCCCGCAGAUCUCGACCGCCAUCUCGCAACCUAUUUUGCCAUCAUCAAGAAGCAUGACGGGAACGAUUAUGAGGCGGCGAGUCUGCGCGGGAUGCUUUGCAGCAUAGAGCGGCACCUACGUACCAGAAACUACCCCGUAUCCCUCACCAGAGACGCUGAGUUCGCCAACACUCGAAACAUGUUGAAGGAAAAGCAGAAAUUGUUACGAGAGCUGGUUAAAAACGACAAAGUUGAACGACAGGACUCGCUGGCAUCUGUUGCGGUUCAGAAGCUGAACCAGCUGUACUUGGCGAAAGAAUUCGGUCCGCACAAUGCUACGUCUGUCCUAAAUGCGCUUUGCUUCUCAUUCGUGGUCCACCUAAAGAUUAAGAAGGCGGUCGACCACAAGCAACUGCUGUGGGGUGACGUCGUGCUCCUCAAAUCGGCGGCCACCGAGCAAGAGUAUCUGUGUUACCAGCCACUUGCCGGGUAUGAAUACUGCCGACUGCCACUGAAGGGCUUAUCAAACUUACGGGUGCUACCCUCCGCCAGGGAAAGCUCUCUCUGGGAUCCUAUCGCAAUCUAUAAGCUCUACCAAUCAAAACGCCCACCCUCCAUGAUGUCACAAGGUAGUCCGUUCUAUCUUGGUGUGACGUCACCGCAGGAGGAGGAGUGUGCGUGGUAUAAACCAGUUGCUAUGGGUGUUAAUAAACUCAACGACCUAGUGCGCAUGAUCAGAGAUAUAACCGGAACUCUCCCCGCCACAGCCCCUGCUCCCACCCAUAAUAUCUCUGCAGUCCAUUUCGGCUCGCUAACUGGUCAUGCCAACACCGAUUCCGGGAUACAUCAGGCUGUCCUUAGCACCAAUCGUGCAGCAAGCAGGGAACAACCACUAUCGUUGUCAGACCUUAGACACAACUCUGUGGACGACAAAGUCAGUUUGGAUAGCUAUGCGGCAAGCGUUGGGAGCGAUCUAGCGGUUGAAAGGGAUCGAAAGUCGUCCCAAACAGAUACAUGUAUACCUGAGACAUCCAAUUCCAACUCCGUAAUUUCAGGGACAAGCUUGACUUCUCCGAUUUAUUCAAACCAAGAUGCGGAUUCCGGUUCCCGGGCCUUGGAGGAGGCGAAGCGGCGAAUCCUGGACGAAUUACACGGACUAGAAAGCGGGGCGCGGGACCUGAUACGUCCAUGGCUACAGCGUCUAUACUUUGACGAAUGUACCAAUAUAUGGAAAGAAGCCGGGACAAGGACGAUUUCCCUGAAAGUGACCUUGGAUAUUGACAGUGACUGCAUCAGGUCACAAAACCCAGUGUCUGUUCCAGCUAAUGUACAAAUUGUGAGUCAAAACGAAGAGAGAGCCAGCGUCAACUGUUCAGAUGAAAACCUGAGGAGUGACUCGAAAGCCUCGAAUGAGGUGGAGGUCAUUUCGGAGGAGUCGGAAGCGCAACAAUCAGUUGACUGUUUGACACACGUGUCCAACGAAGGAGAAAAUUCACACACGGCACCGAUUAAAGAAACGAAAUUUUCUGUCAAAAGGGCACAUUCAUAUCCUGGGAGUCUGCACUGUGAAAUUCCAGAAAAGGUUUACCGACCGUCGGUGUCUGAUUUUGAAAAUGAAGACAACGCCGCAACUGCCAGUACGCCAGUUAGUAAAGCAGAUACCGCAGAUGAAGCCAACAGUGAAGUACAUGAAAACUCGUUACCCACUUCUGAAAAGAUAACAGACUCUUCUUCUGACAUCGCCAAUACAUUUCCUCUGCCAAAUAUGAAUGGACACAACUUGCCGUUCGCCUCUUGGGCAUACGACCCCCGCUUCACGAUGCUUUUGAGAAAUGACUUCAUGCAAACAUACCGAGGUUUUAUUGAAGCUUACAAUGCCAGUAAAGUCAAGCAAGGAGAAUAAAUGUGCAUAAUUUA